AUGGCGGUAUUCGCGGCAUCGCUCCUGUGGUUGCUCUGCCUUGCCUUGGCCGCGAUCGGGAUCAGUGAGGAGGUGAAGACAGAAAUCGUGGACGUGCAUCACACUCACCGUGGCAACGACUACGACACCGACGACGGCCCGAGCCCGAGCAUGACCCCGAACCCGUGCCUGAGCUCGAGCCCGAGCGAGGUCGACUUGAGUGCGGGAUCUCACAAGGGGUCCCACUGGGUGCCCUGCUGGACCUUCGGGAGGAACCCCACUGCGAUGGAUCUUACCUUCAGGCGUGACAGCGACGACGGCACCGACGACAGCCCGAACCCGAGCCCGAGCCCGAAGUGGAGUCCAGACGACAGCGACCUCGAAAACGAGAGUCUCGACGUAGACCCCGCUGUCAAGGCCUCCUCGGCCGCCUUCGUCUUCUUGCUGUUGAUAGGCGGCUGGCGCGACAAGUGCGACGAUUUCAUUCCGGCGCCGCAGCGGCGGGGCCAACGGCCCGAGGGGGUCAACAGUAAGGGGCGGGCGCAGAAGGACACGGGCGCGGCGACUACGGCGCCGCUGGGGGCCCAGACGAAGUUGGGCGACGCGAAGCAGGUGCGGGGCGCCGCCGCCCAGCAGAUGGAAGAGGCGGAGGCGGCCCACCUCCGAAUCCUGGACGAGUACUGCGCGACGACCAAGGCGAAGCCCGCUCCGCAGGCCGGCCCCCCUAUUGAAGGUUGGCAAGCUCCGGAGGUGGGUGAGGCCUUCUCCGAGGGCAUCGAGGAGUACCAGCCUGAGGACAGGACACGGACGGCGACGACGCUAUGGGCGACGGCGGCGUGGAUGAUUCUCAUGUUUUACAUCUCGUUCGCCAACAUCACCACAUGGGUCCAAUUGGCCCGAAAGUACCUCAACGAGUCUGGCAACGACGCGGAUAUCUUCACGACGUGCGAGGCGCGCGUGGCGGAGCAGGACACUCCGAAGGAGAAAGCGACGUUAGCUGCAGAUAGAUGGAGAUUACUGGCGACGGCAGCAACCCCUGCAAAGCGCUCGGAGCACGGCGCCUCGGGGGGCGAGUUCGCUGCUAUUCGUGGCAACCGGGCGCUCGCGUCGGCGCGCCUCCUGCCGAAGCACGGCCUGGGUGGCGCCAACUUUGACGGGGCGAAGACCUGUGCCGCUUUCGCCCAGUCGAUCGCGGAUCAGUGGGCAACAUUGGCGGACUGGAAUAUCCCCCCGCGGCAAGAUGGACAGCGUCAAUUCAUGGGGAAGAUUGGCGGCGGGCCCCCGCGGCCCGAUGUGGAAGUCACCUGCGACAAGGGCAAGGGCAGCUGGAUAGACUAUGGCGUAGCACGGCCCAAGGCGCAGCCCGACCCGACGAGCGCGCGCGCCCUGCAGGGGGCAGCCAGGAGGGAGAAGCAGAGCUCGGGGACGCAUCUGCAGGACAUGUUCGACGAAGUCUGCGCGGAGGAGCCCGCGGAGCAGGCGACCGGCGAGUACCUCUACCGCGCCACGGAGGGUCGCGAGGCGCAGGAGGGCGCAGCGACGACCAUGUGCGACACUCGGGCCUCGGCGGUGGAAUCGGCGACGUGGACCACGCGAAAGUUAGACAAGCCCCAGCGCCGCCGCUGCCGGGGCCGCGCUGCGGGCCUUGGCGCGAAGAUGACGAGAUCGAGGCCUGCGCCUGGCAGGGCGCGCAUGCGCUAUGCGGCGGCGGAGCAUUGGGGCAUCUGCGCGACGGCGCGCGACAGGUAUCUGCCCCUGUGGAUGGCGAACAAGGCGGAGUUGCACCACAUGAGAGACAUGGGACAGGACGAUGUCUUUGGCCAUAAGAUCACGGAGUCGGAGAGGGAGCAAUACUAUUUGCAGCUGGGCACGGUGGAGAACAGCACGGUGGACAAGCCCAAGGACCUCUUCGACGCAACGGAGCGCCACUGCACGGUCGCCCAAGCGCGUGGCCUCACCGCGCAUCGCCCGCAGGCACGGCUCUGGGAGGGCAUCUGGAAGGACCCCGUCGACACCACGGACCAGUUGAUGGCCCGCCUGGCACAGUUGCGGAAGGAGGCGCACGAGGGGGACUUGCCUGAGUUGACGGUGGAUCACAUUGACGCGAUCCUCAAUUCCGCGAGCGGCGCGAAGGCGAUUGGGGUCGACGGCGCUGGCCCCGCGGUGGCUCGCAGAUUGCCAGUUCAAGCCAGAGAAUGGCGUUCUGCGGGCAUAACGCAUUGGGUGCGAGCAAAGGGACGGUGCUUCAGCUACGGCGGCAAGCAGGACAUUGUGGGAGGCAAGGCUGCGGGGCGAUGUUUGAUUGCGACGAUUGGGCGCGGCGAGUCGAUGCUGGACCUGGCGGUUGCGGCGCCGAUGCAGGUUGCAAAGGAAUGGAUUGCGUCGCGGCAGCAGCAUCCUGAAGUUUAUGAUCGUGUCAGCAGCAGGCACAAGAACGAUGCCUCCAGCACCAAUGAGAAGAAGCUGCGCGACCUCCUCAAGGCUGAUCUUCCCCCUGCCGUGGCAACUGCGAUCCAGACGGAGCUGCAGCAGGCGAAGAAGCCGCCGCCCACGGACGCUUGGGGGGCGGCGCAGAAGGCCAAGCAGGAGCUGCGCAAGACCGAGCAGGCCACUCAGAAGGCGGCGAUAGGAGUGCGUCGGGCCCGCGCCGACCUCGAGACGGCCUCAGAAGUGCACGCGUCCAAGGUGGAGCAGCAGGCGAUGGCGGAGCUCGCCUACCAGAAGGCGCUCUCCACGCUACAGACGGAGCAGGCACGCGAAGCACCUCAGCGGAACAAGCUCAUCAUCGACUACGACAUUUUCGAGACCGCAGACCCUGCGGACAUGGACGAGAACGAGCGCAAGACUUUCAUGGAGUACAAGAAGGAGUUCGACACCGCCAGGCCACAGCUCGAGUCGGCGGCGCAGAAGCUCCAGAACCUCAUGGAGUCCAUCAAGCGCUUCGACCAGGAGCGCGUCGCCAAGAGGAGGCGCCAGGAGGGAGGCGAUGAGGCGCCAUCGGUCGAGGCAGGCCGCGGCGGCGGCGCUGGCGCCCCACCUGCCAUGCCUGCGACCCCAGGGGCUGCUACCGCCCCAGCUCCCGUGCCCCCUCAGCCCCCGCUGGACGACGAGUGGUUCAAGUCGCUCUCCGAAGACUCGCUGCGCCAGGCUGCCGAGACCUCCAAGACCAAGGCCCAGCUGUUCUUCUCGAACAUCACUGAAUGGGGCCCUCAGGCUGAGCGGUGGGCGGCGCCCACUGGCAAGCGCUAUCAGCUACUGGCCUUGGUCGAGACACAUAUCUCGCAGGCCAAACAGCAGCAUGAGUUUCUUAAGAUCGGCAAGGAUGAUUGGAGGUCCUCCAAAUGCUAUGCAGUUCCGACGGGUCGAUCUGCAGAGGGCACGAAGGGCGGAGAGAUGGUUCUAGCUCGCAAGUCGGCGGCCGCUUCCACCUUCGACGCUAUGAGACACCAGAGCCGCCAGUUGUACGCAGUUGAUCCGUGUCAUGGUUUCGCCCCGAUGACGUGGCAUCGCAAGACGGGCAAUUUGGUCGUGAUAGCCUUUUAUAUCGAACCGCACCACUCGAUUACGGGCCCAGUUCAUGAGCGGAUGGUUGCACUCACCGCUUUCUUGGACAUGCUGGCGGACCCUUGGGUUGUCUUAGCAGAUUGGAAUAUGUCACCGUGUCAACUGGCUGACAGCGGCUACCCUGAGGAGUGGGGUGGCUCCAUUCUGGUGGCCCCUGGUUCUGCAACGUGCGAUAAAGGCUCGGGCUCGACCAUUGACUACGCGGCGGUGAAGCGCGGCUGGGAGAUGUCUGCGGUCAUUCGCCAGGUGCACGAUGUACCGUGGGGAACGCACUGCGGCCUGGUGGUCUGCGCGGGCGAGUCUCAGCCCUGGCCGCAGAGACAGGCGGGCCCCAACAGUAAGACAUCACUGAGGAAGAAGGCAGCGCUAGACAAGAGGCGCAACCAGUUGCCUGACACGCUGCAGGAGGUGUUUGAUGAGCUCACCCAGUCACAGGAGGAUGCAGCUGCGCCUCCAGUCUUGGUUGCAGCGGAUGUUGACUAUGUGGGCGGCGUCGAUUUUGCCAUUCCUCUGGAUCUCUGGAGGCGGCAUCAGGACGACGUGAGGAGCACGCUGAGCACGCCAGACGAGAAUGGCACGCUGGUCACCUACGACACGCAGAGGCCCCCAGAGAAGCUGCUCGACAACGUCGGGACUGGCGCGGAUGGAGUUGUUACAGAUACUGUCAUGCACGCGACGGACCCCUCGAGAGACAAGUGGAGCACUCUCGACGUGAAUGACGCGCUGAACACCUACGGCACGGCUGGGCCCCCAGAGAAGGCAGGCUCGCAGCACCCGCCAGGGAGGACUCGCCUGCUGGAGGGGGCCCCAUUGGUCUUUCGUGGGAUGCUGUACGACAAGGUCGGGGCCUGUACUGAUGGAGCUGCGGUCAGGAUGAAUGCGACCCAACCGAGGCCUUCUGAGCUAUCUUGGGGUCUACCUCCUCACUUUCUGCAUGAGAGGGACCCUGAGGCGACCACGCUUGUUUCGACCCACUAUGCCAAGUGGCUGUCGACCUUCGAGGCAACGCAUCAGAAGCAUGAGAACCUCGUAAGGUCCAACCUCACCCUAUUGCAGCUGAGGGUCACGGACUUCCACGGGAAGAGAGACUUACUGCUGCCGAAGGUCGAGGAGGAUGAGGUAUUCAGAUGGUCUGAGCUGGUACGCACCAUCACGAUCCUAGAUGACGAGGAACGAUCUGAACUCAUAUGCCGCACUGAGGCUUGGUCAGGCCGCGCUGCCGCUCAUGCCGCGUACCAGUCCAAGAAGAAGUACUCGGGUUGGCUCGCCGACAUGCGGAAGGCGAAGCCUGGAGUCCUGCAUCGACAGGUCAAGCCGCAGGAGCAACAGAGGCUCGAGAUCUACAUCAGUGGCACUUCGGUUUCCAACCCGAACCUGAUCAUGGAUGCGAAGCGGCAGGAGUGGGAGAAGGCUUGGACACCUCGCGAGACCAAGCAGCAUAUUCUGGAUGCUCUGGAUAAGGCUCGUCGUCAGACUAGGGAGGAGCCCCCCGAUGCCAUCCAACUGGAGCAGCUGAAGCGCACCCUGUCUAUCAUGCCAGGCUCCAAGGCGAAGGGUGUGGACAUGAUUGGGCCACGGGAUAUGCUGCGCCUACCUGAUCUGGAGCGCAAUCUUCGACGCCGCGGAGUGCCUGUCUCGGCUACGACGACGGCCACCGACUUGGGCAUCGACAUGGCAGCUGGUACGCGUAGAGUUCAGAAGAAAGCUGGUGAACGGGCUCGAGCGGCUACUGCCAGGACCAAGCGCAUAGUGAAGAUGCGCAACACAGCCCAGCAGGCACGUAUAGCCAAGGGCCUGUGGGCCACAGGCGCCUUGCCCCAGGGAGUCUAUGGCCAUCAAGUCCGAGGGUUGGCUCGGCAUGCGCUGUUGAGAUGGAGGAGGCAGGCAGCAGCAGCCGCCACGGGUCAAGCUGCGGGGCGCUGCUUAACCACGCUACUUGGCUCCACGUUCGACGGAGCGGAUCCUGGAGUCCAGCUUCGGGCGCAGUCUUUGCGACAGUGGAUCAGAUUUUGGCAAGACCAGCCUCACCUCCAUCAGCGCAUUCGACGGACGUGGGCCCUGCUGAAGACGAGGUUGACCAUUGCAGGCCCGAAGAUCUGGUCGUAUGUCACGGGCCCGACUGGGGCCGCUAUUGCUACACUCUUGGAAGCUGGCUGGGAUCCCAAAGCGGCUGACUGCUGGCAACGGGUUCACGACGAAUAUUUGGAGCAGUGGACGUUCCCAGAUGACGGAGCAGAGUUGGUUUACCUCGACUACGAGUCCGUCCUAGACGAUCUAGCGGAGGACCUCCAGGGCAGGCUCUGGGCGACGGCGGCGGCGCACGAGCACGGCGCCCCCCUCGCCUGCGGGGCCGACCUGACCAUGGGGUCGCUGUCCGUGGAGGCCCCGCGUCGGUUCGGGGAGGCGGUGGUGGUGGAGGGAGAUGGAGGGGCCUCGGGGUUUGUCUCGGCGGUGGACGCAUUGGAGGAGUCUGUGAUCCAGAUGGUGAGAGGGGAGGAUUCGGUCGGCGUUUUUGAGGCUGGGGCGGCCGCCUGCGAUGGUGCGCCGAGCGCCUCGACGCCGCCCCGCGCGCGCUCCCCGGCCGCGCGGCCCGACCUCCGCGGCUGCGCCGGCGAGCGGUUCCACGGCAGGCGGGCAACUCCAGAGCCAUGUCGGGUCGGAAUACCCGCAUGGCCCAAUGGCUGGACUACAGAGUGCGCGUCACAAUUUCGGAGGGGAUUCGUUCCACCUCCUGCAGCACACCGGCACCCUGUCGGUCGUUAUAGGCGGCAUGUUCCUGGCGUGUCCUGGCUGCCGCGCCUCAGACUGCGCCCGCUCCCGCGUCCUGUUCGGUGGCACAACGUUGCACUUCGGCUCAGCCAUGCUCUCCACCUUCCCUGGGCGACACCGCUUGGAUUCAAGGACCAGCGGAUGCUCGUGGGCACGUUCAUGGCUUUCGACAAGUACAUGAACGUGGUGCUUGCCGAUUGCGAGGAGUUCCGCAAGAUCAAAUCGAAGGGGCGCAAGGAUGACGAGAAGGAGGUGAAGCGUACUCUCGGCUUCGUCGUGCUGCGCGGCGAGACCAUUGUCUCGCUGAUGGCAGAGGAGCGCCGCCGCCCUCGGGGCCGAAGAAGCCCGAGAUCCAGCCGGGCCCCGGCCGCGGACAGGUCGCGGGGCGCGGCAUGCCGGCCGCCCCGCUCAGCUCCGCGCCUGCAGGCCUCGCCGGGCCCGUGCGCGGCGUGGGCGGCCCGGCCGCCAUCCAGAUGCAGCCGAAGGCCGGAGCGCUGCCUGCGCCGGGAGGAGCCCGCGUUGCCACCCGGCUUCCCCGUGCGCCCCCCGGGGAUGCCGCCGAUGAUGCCCCCGCCCGGCAUGCCGCCAGGUAUGCCGGGCAUGCCCCCCCCGGGCAUGCCCGGGAUGGGCAAGGGCAUGGGCAAGGGCGCGUGAAUGCCCCGCGCGGUUGUCUCUCGCAUAUAGGCAGACAUCGGGCGGGGGGGCAGCCCGGGAAGUGCCAGGCCAGGGCUCGGAGGCGUAGCUCGCUCGGCACGCCGCCCUGCACGGCAGAAACAAUGUCUACGCGCGCGGCGCAGCAGCUCUGCUCGGUGCUGCACGCCGGCGUUUUUUCACGGGUGGCGCUGCACUCGGUGGUGCGGCCUUCUCCUCCUCUCAACCUCUCUCUCCUUUCCCAUUUUUUCUCGCCUCCCCUUUCUCCCCAUGUUCCAGAGCGAGUGUUGCCUCCGGCUUCCGCGAGCGGCCGUUGGCCGGAGCUGCCAGCGGAGCGCGAGGCUGGCGAUUGGGCCGACGAGGUCAAGCUCGCUCGCCGCUGCCUCCUUGGUCUCUGACCACAGUAAGGAGCAGUUCGGGUUCGGAAGGGGCUCGCUGUUCCUCAG